AUGUUUAGGUUAUUAAAUAAGAGUGAAUUAAUAAAACCAUUUAUAAAUAAUAGUAGUAGUAGUAUUAGUAAUAAUAAUGUUAAUAAUUUAAUUAAUAAAACCAUUAUAUUUCCAACAUUUCAAUCAUUAAUAUUAAAUGAAAAAUUUUAUUCAUUUAAUAAAAAAAGUAAUAUUAGUUUUGUUGCACCAUUAAAAAAGUCAAAUGAUAAAAAUUUUUAUAAUCGUGGUGGUGGUGGAGGUGAAAAUAAAAGUGAUCAACAAAAUAGUAGUGGUGGUGGUAAAAGAGCAAAAUUUUUGAGAGCAAAAGAGGAAUUAAGAAAAGAAUCGUCAAGUAAAGUAUCAUCAAAUUCACUUUAUGGUAGUGGUUUAGCAUCAACUGAAAAUUUUAAAAAACCAAAACCAAGAACAACAACAAUUGGUGAUUAUAAUCCACAAAAAUAUUUUUACCAUCCAGCAAAUAGAAUUCAUCAAGAUUCACCAGAAUAUAAACUUAGAGAAUCAUUAAAACAAAAAAGAGAAAGUAUAAAAAUGGCAGUUGAGAAAAAGCGUUCUAUAAUAUUCGAAAAAAGGGAUCACAACGUUACAAUGGAACAAUUGGAUAAUCAAACAAUACAUAUACAUAAUAAAUCGAAAUAUUUCGAUAAUCUCGAUCCAAAUGCAAUUGGAACUGGUAUUGCAUUUUCAAGACUUGGUAUUAAAAAAAAUUUAGUUGAAUCUUUAAAAAAACAUUUUAACAUUACAAUUCCAUCAUUAAUUCAGCAAUUAGCAAUACCUCCAAUCCUUUCAAAUUCAAAAGAUGUUUUAUUCGUUUCACAAACAGGUACUGGUAAAACUUUAACUUAUCUCUUACCAAUCAUUCAAAAUAUUAAAAAAUCUGAAGAACAAGAAUUAAAAGAAAUUAAAGAAAAUAUUAAAUUAGAAAAUAAUAAUGAAAAAGAAGAAGAACAAGAGGAGGAAAUAGUAGAAAAGGAAGAAGAAGAAGAAGAACAAGAAGAUGAAAAUAUUGAAAAAGAUAAUAAUAAUAAUAAUAAUAAUAAUAAUAAUAAUAAUAAUGAAGAAAUUACAAAUGAAGAAAAAGAAAACUCAAGAUUAUUAUUAAAGAGAGCACCAAGAAGACCAAAAGCAAUUAUUUUAGUACCAACUAGAGAAUUAGCAAUACAAGUUAUGAAAGUUGCUAAAAAGAUUUCAUUUGAAGUUAAAUUUAGUUGUACAGCAAUUUCAAGUGGCGGUGGUGAUCUUAAUAAGUAUUUAAAAACUUUUAAGAAUUUACCAAUUGAUAUAUUAAUUUCAACACCAGGUUCAUUAAUUAAAUUAAUUGAACAAAAAAAGAUAUUCUUUAGUAAAUUACGUCAUUUAGUUAUUGAUGAAGCAGAUUCAAUGUUUACAAUUGGUAAAGGUUUUGAACAAGAUAUCGAUAAAAUCGUUCAACCAUUUAAAUAUCGUUUACAAAAUAAACAAGAGAUUGGUUCAGAAAACGCAAUCAAUGCCACAAUUUGUAGUGCAACCUUAACAGAACAACUCAUGAAACAAAUUAAUCAAUCUUUUCCAUCCAUUGAAAAAUUAUCAACUCCAACAAUUCAUAAAUCAUUAAAUACAUUAGAACAACGUUUCUUUUAUAUUCCGCCAGGUUUAAAUGGUGGUGAUAAACAUGGUGCAUUAAUGAAAGCAAUUGAAAGUGUUGUUCUUAAUAAAAAUGAAAAUAAAAAUAAAAAUAAAAAUGAAAAUGAAAAUGAAAAUAAUGAAAAUGAAAAUGAAAAUAAUGAAAAUGAAAAUGAAAAUGAAAAUGAAAAUGGAAAUGAAAAUGAAAAUGAAAAUGAAAAUGAAAAUGAAAAUGAAAAUAAAAAUGAAAAUGAAAAUCAAGAAGAUAAAGUGGAAACUACAACUACUACUACAACAAAAACUACUACUGAUGGUAAUAAAAUUGCUAAGCAACAAAAGAGAAAAACAUUAAUUUUCUGUAAUAAACCAGAUUCAUGUAGAUCAACAGAAUACUUUUUAACAGAGAAUGGUAUAAAUGCAACAUCAUUACAUGGUGAAAUGCCACCACAUAGAAGAUCAGAAAAUUGGAAAUCAUUUUUAAAUGGUGAUAAAGAAUUUUUAGUUGCAACUGAUAUAGCUUCAAGAGGUAUUGAUAUAGGUUUAAUUGAUCAUGUAAUUUUAUUUGAUUUCCCUUCAAAUCCAAUCGAUUAUUUACACCGUAUUGGUAGAACAGCUAGAGCCGGUAAUAGAGGUUUAGUCACUUGUUUAAUCACUCAUAAAGAUAGAUAUUUAGCUGAUGAAAUUAAAGAAUCAAUUAGAAAAGGUUAUACUUUAGAAAAUAUUUCAAAUAAUAAUUAUAAUAAUAAGAAUAAUAAUAAUAAUAAUAAUAAUAGAAAAAAGUCAUUUAAAUAA